AUGCUUUUAUUAGUGGUGGAAGAAUGUGGAAGUCACCCUCAUCCUUUACUAUACCUCGACAAAGGUAAUUAUGGUGACAGGAAGAAAUGCCAGAGUUGCGACAUAGGUGGAAAUGAUGUCGUCCUUGGUUGUAUCAAAUGCAACUUCUUUUUGGAUUUUCGUUGCGCCACUCUACCAUUGACGGUAAGACUUCACAGGUACGACGAUCAUCCACUUACUCUUUGUUACGGUGAAGAGGCAAGCAGCGGCAAGUAUUGGUGUGAUGUAUGCGAAAGAGAAACAAAUCCAAAGACUUGGUUCUACACCUGUAAAGAUUGCGGAGUCACUCUGCAUGUUUUUUGUGUCGUCGGGAAUGUCAGGUACGCCAAACCAGGAGGAAAGAUCAAAGUAGACGUUGAAUUGAUGUUUAACAAUACAUUUUCAAGACCACUUUGCAACUUCUGUCACUGUCGUUGCGCAGCUUCCUUCUUUCUUAUUAAGGAGAAGGAAUUAUUUUGUUCUUAUUAUUGUCUGGUGCGUGUUCGAACGAGGGCGUCCUGGAUUUUUAACAUUGUUAUACGUCCUCCGUGGGCCAUAUGA